CGGCACGAGGCAUCGUCUUAUAAACGUCCGAAUCUUCUCACCUGUUUGCAGCACCUAAAUAACAAAGCCGAACAAUGAAGUUGGUUUUUACUUUAACGAUAUGUGUUGGUUUUAUUUUAGAGAAAGCAGAUUCUUCGCGUUCGCGUCUUACCGACAACAACAACAAGACAACAACAUUACAGGAAAACAAAACACCGGAUUGUUACGAAAUAAGCUUCCUACGACAGAUGCUUAACCAAGAGACCGUUAUCCGCCUCGCUUUGGUCAAGAAUGUCCAUGCUCUGGUAAAUGACAUCAGCAUUUUGAAAGAAAGUUUUGCGGCAAGUGAAACAAAAAUAUCAGAACUACAGCGGACGGUUGAUGCAUUAAAUAUUCAGGUUAGUUCUCUUCAGCAGGAAAAUGGUCAGCUAAAGAAAAGUAGCCUAACCAGUCAGACCACGAGCAUGGAGCUGGAAACGAAAUUUCAGAACGUUAGUGACAACGUAAGUGCUCUGCACGGACAGCUGAACGUCAUUCAAAAAGAAUCAGACGACAAAAGACAGGAAAUGUUUAACAAAACAAACGCUGCUCUCGAUGAUAUCAAAAUAGAAGUGCGAUACCUCUCGGUCACCUUGUUGGAUUUCAAGGAACGCACGGAAAUAGAAAAUGAAUCGAGAGACAAGAAAUACUCUGAACUUGAACGCCAUUCGAACACAUUGAUUCAAAGUUUCAAAGUUAAAAAUUCUUUAAGAAAGAAGUUUGGUAAUCUUAAAUCAUUUGUACAGAAUCUACAGGACUCCCAAACAGAGAUAACAGAAAACCUCAACAGAACAGUUGCAGAGUUUGAUACACAGUUCACACUGUCUGAAAAUACACUGCAGAAGUUCUCAUCCGCUUUAGCGUCUUUGGAAAUGGCUCAAACAAAGUUGUCAAAAUCAAUCGAUGAAAACCUCAACAGAACAGUUGCAAAGUUUGAUACACAGUUCACACUGUCUGAACAUACAGAGCAGAAGUUCUCUUCCGCUUUAGCGUCUUUGGAAACGGCUCAAACAAAGUUGUCCAAAUCAAUCGAUGAUAAGAGUAACCACCAUGCAUUUUCUGCGGGUAUAUCAUCAUAUAACUUUGAUUGGACAGGAGACACCCUAGUGUUCCCCAUAGUAAUAUACAGUGUAGGAACAGGCUACAACCCCAGUACUGGUAUCUUUACAGCACCGACAGCGGGGACAUAUGUGUUCUAUGUCUCUGUUCAGUCUGGCUCUAAUAAACACAUCUAUUUAGACAUAGUUUUGAAUGGAUUAAGUAAGGUCAGGGCCAUGACUUGGAACAGCAGAAGAAGCAGCGUUCCCAUUUACCAGACCGGAACCAACCUGGUUAUCUUACAUCUACGGACCGGUGACAGAGUGUGGGUCAAACGGCACAGUGGUACCGGUUACCAUAGUCAUGAUAUUCCCAUUACAACGUUCUCUGGAUUUAAACUUAACUAGGUUUGAUAAUUACCGUUAAUAAAGCAACAAAAAAAACUUGUUUGAAUAUUUUCAAAUCAAAAACUUGAACAUCACAAUUAUUGUUCAAUUUAAAGACUUUAACAUUCAAGUA